AUGUCCCUCCCCACCCUCCCCUCCCCCUCCGCCCCAACAGCAUCCUACAACGCAUCCUGCCACUGCGGCGCCUUCACCUACACCGUCACCGCAUCCCCACCGCUCUCCGCCACAGACGCAGUGAUAAAACAGUGCAAUUGCAGUAUCUGCGAGCGAAACGGGUACAUGUUCAUCUAUGUGGCGAAUGAGCAGGUAGUAUUUGAAAAGGGGGCGUUGGAGGAAUUUAAGUGUUACUCGUUUGCUUCGAAUAAAGUAGGACAUUACUUCUGUGGCACGUGCGGGUCCUCUUGUAUGUUGAGGUCAAAGGACGAGAAUUUUAUGCCGGGCAUUACGGGCAUCAAUGUGCGGAUGUUGCAGGAUGUGGAUUUGGAGAAGGUGAAAGUGGAGCAUAUGGAUGGGAAGAGUUUCCAAGCGGGGGUUUAA